AUGGUGUUAAUUGUGAUUCAUAACCCGAGCCAGCAAUUCUGUAGGACUGUGCUAGUCUCGCAAGCUACCUCAUCUCGGGGCCCCUAUCUCAUAUGGCAGGCAUUUCCACAGAAGGUAUCCUGGCAGCGGUUCCUAUGGACUCUUGACUUACUCGUAAGUCUGAGAGGUAUCGGGUGGAAUUACCGCCAGGGCAGCUAUGAUCUUCCCUUGCCUAUCAAUAACGCCAUGAAUGAGGCGUGUUCAACUGUACGUGGUCCAGAAAUAACAGCGAAAGGAGGAAAACCGAAAGCAGCGGCCCUGUUAAUGUCCAACGGAUAUAUCCGUAAGGUGUUGGCCCGUUUAACUCUCGAAGUCCUCUGGGUCUAUUUUUGUCAGACCAAUGCUUUCCCGCAAAUCAAGUCGUACUAUUCAAGCGAGACCAAGGAUGUUAAGAAAGACCUAUUUUACGAUUUCCUGAUACGAUCCUGGGCAAUGUUUACUUCUCUCACGACGACUAUGGCUUCGAUAGAUAUGUUCAACACUAGUUUGAUUAUCCUAACCUCGUUAUGCGAUGUCUCGCCAUAUAUUGGGCUAUACGGUGUCCCGUGGGCGUACCCCAGUCCUUGGGGUUCUCUAAGUGCCAUUCUUAGAAAAGGAAUUGUUGGUAAGCACUACUAA